UCUUUUUUUUUAUAUACUAUGUUGCGUACACUUGCACGUCCUCUUUAUUCUUCAUCAUUAUAUUCUCGCUCAAGCCUUUUACACACUUCUGCUACUGUCAGAAACACGGCUGAACCACAAACAACUGCACGAAAGCCUUCUGCAGCACCUAAAGGCACAGUGUUAAAAGGCAUUCAGUACUUGAAGGACAAACAAGAUCCAGUUGCAUUAGACGAUGCUGAAUACCCCGAAUGGUUAUGGGACUUAUUAGACGAAAAGAAACAAAAACAAAAGACAACUAAACCAAGUAAUCGUCAAUAUCAUAGAAAACAAAAUAGAGAUGCCAUUAAAGCAAUGAACUUUAUGAAGGACAAGAAGAACUAAUAAU